CGCUCGCUGACAGCGGUAAAAUCGGAGCGUUAGCAAUCCGAGCGGGGAAUAGUGCAGACACAGAUACAGAUACAGAUACGUUUACACAUACAGAUAGAUAGGCAAAGCAACGAGUGCCGUUCUCUCGCUGACGUCGCUGCCAGCGUCGAAGUCGCUGCCAAAUCUAGGCGAAAAUCGCAACACUUGGCACAGCAUAGCAUAUCUGCCAUAUAGCCGUACUCCGGAUCCGGCGAAAAGUCAAGUGCAGGAGGCAGAGACCGAGGCAGUGGCAGAGCAGCCGCAGCAGCAGCAGCAGCAGAGUUUUCCAAGCUCGGCAGCAGAGAUUCACUCUCGGUCGGGCGCCGGCGUCAGCGUUCCACGGGAUCCGUGAUUAGGUUUUACGGUGUUUCAGUCCGCUCGAUGACGCCGAAGCCAGCAGUUAUGCGACCAGCAGCAGCCAAAGCAGCAAAAGCAACAAAAGCAGCAGCAGCAUUAAAGCCCUAAAUCUGUGACACUUCCUUCCGGUAGCCACGUUGCGUAUACGCCACCGUAACCGCAUUCGCAUGCCGUCGCGUAAAAACCAAACAGUUUCAGUGCCAAAGCCAAAGAACAAAAACCAAAUAACCAAAACUUAAGUUAACCAAAGCGAAAACCUAGAAAAAUAUAAAUAAAAUAAACUAAAUCAGUGAUAAAUCCGAAAUGGACGUGGCCAAAAUGCAAGCCACUUCCGGUCAACAUCUCCUGCAUCCGGCCGCACCGCCCGCCCACCAACACCACCUGCCCCUCGACUAUAGCCUCGGCAACUUUAAGCCAGCCAUCGCGGCCGAUUUCCCCGGAUCCUUCCUUACCAGCCAACAGUCCUCCUCGGCCUCGAAUUCCGCCUCUUCUUCCGCCUCUGCCUCGCUGCAGGUGAGGGAUCUCAGCGCCUUGACGGCUAUGGCCACGAUACCCUCGCCCACGCAGCUGCUACACCAGCGGAUCCAAAUGUCCGCGGACGCGGCCCUGGGUCACCAUCAACAGCAGCCGACCCAGAAUCCCAAUCCCCCUCAGCCGCAGAUGCCGCCGGCCUCCUCAUCGCCGCACGAGUACGCACCCAUGUCCGCCUUCAAAGCGGUGCUGCCCAAGAAACGAAACUCCGACGAUGCCUCGCUAGCUUUUAGCAUAAGCAGACUGGUCAAGACUGAACAACUGACGGCGAUGGCGGCGGCUGCCGUUGGCCUGAAGCCGCCGGCUCCAAUGGAGGACAACAACAACUCAAUCUCGAUGCUGAGCAAAAACCAACAGAUGCACCACCAACAGCCGCAUCUUCCCCAGCGCACCAAGCCGGCCUUCAUUACCGCCAGCGAAAAGCUGCGCCGACAGUCGCGUUCCCGUUCCAGGUCGAGAUCCCGGAGUCCCUGCUCCUCCCAAAUCGACAUGGAGGAUGCGGAAUCGCACCAUUCCCUGCAUUCCCGUUCGCGAUCGCGUUCUCGUUCUCGCUCCCAUUCCCGCUCCCGUUCGCACUCGAGCAGCUCUUCCGUGGAACUGGAAGUGGACUCGCCACCCGGCAGUCCGCGGAUCAGUUCGCCCAGUGGCGUCUCCGCAUCUGCCUCUGAACUUUUGAUCACCGCCAAUGGUGGAGGUCGCAGCAUAGGAUCAAAGAAGUCGGAUCUCUUUUCCGUAUCAGCGUUGCUCCGCCGAGAUGAGCCUCCUCAGAGACGGACGCCACGCAGCCCGCCGUUGGGACAUCUGACAGCCAGUGGGCUGGCAAUGCCUUUCAAUCCGCUGGAGGCGAUGCGCCAGGGUUAUCCGCCCAACUACGAAGCGGCCAUGUUCCAGCGUCCGCUCUUCUCGCCCGCCCUGCCCUUCUUCGCCGCCGUCGCCUUCCACCAAGGUCAGCAGCAGCAACAGCAACAACAGCAAUCCGGUCUGGCAGCAGGCUACCAUCCGGACUCGCAGGAAAAUCUCUUCCGUCUGCGGAGUCUAAUGGGGCCGCUCCAAUCCGCUGGGCAGAACAACUCCUCAGCGGCAGCGGCGGCGGCAGCAGCAGCAGCGGCUGCCGUCGGCGUGGGUGUCGGAGUGGGCGUGCCACCCAGCGGUGGGCAUCUCGGUCUGCCCCACUCGCCCCACCUGCACCACUUCCACCACAUGGCCGCCAAGUGGCCGGGCCUGCACCAAUUCAGCGACCUGUACUCGUGCAUGAAGUGCGAGAAGAUGUUCUCCACCCCCCACGGCCUCGAAGUCCACUCCCGCCGGACGCACCACGGCAAGAAGCCCUACGCCUGCGAGCUCUGCAACAAGACCUUCGGCCAUGAGGUCAGCCUCAGCCAGCACAGGGCGGUGCACAACGUGGAAAAGGUGUUCGAAUGCAAGCAGUGCGGCAAACGCUUCAAGCGAUCCAGCACUCUGUCCACCCACCUGCUCAUCCACAGCGACACGCGGCCUUAUCCCUGCAACUACUGCGGCAAGCGGUUCCACCAGAAGAGCGACAUGAAGAAGCACACCUACAUCCACACAGGUGAGAAACCGCACAAGUGCCAGGUGUGUGGCAAAGCCUUCAGUCAGAGCUCCAACCUAAUAACGCACUCCCGCAAGCACACUGGCUACAAGCCCUUCUCCUGCAAGCUGUGCCACAAGGCCUUCCAGCGGAAGGUGGACCUGCGACGACACAAGGAGACGCAGCACACGGACCUGCGGGUCCACCUGGGCAAGGUGGACUUCAUGUCGGCGGCGGCGGCAGCGGCGGCCUCUGCCGAACUGAGUGCAGCAGCAGCGGCGGGGUCAGUGCCGGGCGGAGUGCCAGCGGGGAGUCAGGGAGCCAGUGCGGUUGGGUCACCAUCAAACGGGGCUCCUCCGAUGGGCACACUCAACUGCCAGAAGGUCUCGCUGCUGGUAUAACAUGAAGGACAAACCGAAACCGAAACCGAAAUCCAAACCCAAAUCAACCGCAACCAUUGUGCAAUAGAUAGAAGUGAAACGCUUCGGCAAGCAUUCUCCCUUGCUUGAAGCCCAACUCCAAAGAGAAAAGAUUAAAACAAUUUAAAUAAUUUUAAGCCAGCCAGUUAAACAAUAUUUCCAAUGUUGCCAAAAACUAAAAAUAGCAAAGACAAGUUAAAAUCAAUUAAAGCCAGCACUAUAGUCAGUCUCAAGUUCUCAUUAAAACGUAAUCGUAUUGCCAUCUAACGAACAUACCAAAGCUAUUCCAAAGCCAGUGGAGGUUCCAAGUUUUUCUUAAUGUAUGUCAGGUAAUUGUAUUGCCGUGUGUGUGUGUGUGGCCCAGAGGCGGCCAGUUAGAAAUCAAAAUCAAAUUUAGAAAUUCAAAUUCCAUCAAUAACAACUGUGCGUGUCGUACUUUGUAAAAUGUAACAAAUUAAAUCCAAACACAAGGAAUCCAAUAUAAAGAAACCAUUCGAAAGCGUGAAAACAAAAGAAAAAUGUUCCAAGUUUUCGCUUCUAGAUAGUUGUGAAAUUUUAACUAAAUCGCUGUAUUAUGCAAACUAUUUUGAUAUUAUAUCAUUCCAAUGAAUUUAGUCUAAUUAAUAAAUUUUUUAACUUAUUUAUACAUAUUACGUGUAUGUAUGUAAA